AUAGCUUUCUUCUUAGUAUUUAAUUUUCAUAAAUAAAUAUUGAAAUUGGAGAUUAGUUAUUUGGUUCCAAAUAUUUGAUUGUGGACUUUUCUCCGAGUAUUAGUUGUUCCAUAAAUUUUAUUAUGCAAGAAUCUAACGUGGAGUCAUUAAUGCUAAAUAUGUCUGGAUAUUAAAAUUGCAGUCCAAUCUACGAUUGAUACAGUUAUGACCUUUUUAUGGCUGUUUUUGUUUUAGUCUUCACUACAAAAGUAGACUUCUUUUGUAGUUGUAGUAAAAUUGAAGAAAAGUGUAUUUGUGGGUAUGUAUGGGUUUAGAAAAAGUUAAGCUGAUGGGAUGGGAUGGGUUUUUUUUUUGGUACUAAUAAAGUAAGUAGUGUGAUGUUAAUGGUUUCCUUGUAAUAAAACUUCCAAAACAUAGUUUGUUGGAUGAGACAAGAACGAAUAUCUAUGGUAAAACAAAAAACAAAAAAAAAUGAAUACAUUUUCAUAAAUGACUAAUUUGGAUAUAACUUUAAGAAAAGUUUUUCUUAUUUCGAUGAGGUGAAGUAGGAAGUAUGUAUUACAGUUUAGUUGACUACUAGACUUCGACAAUUUGUAGUAUAGGGUGAAUAGUUAUUUCAAGAAGUGUGUUUGUUUGAGCUAUGGAGUAAACUUUUCUUUAGCUAAAAAUAAACCCGGUACGCCUCUUUUAGCUCUAGACACUAACACUAAUUCACUAAUUGAUGUUUUGCAUUUUUUACAUGGGCCAUAAGUUGGAUGCUCAAGUGCUUCUUUUCAUAUUUGUUUUCCGCAUAACAGAGGAUGUUGGGUACUUCACUGCUUCACCUUGGGAUUUUAGGGUUCUCCCCUCUGAUUCGUAGUUUGUUUUAUCCAAUCACCCAUAUGCAGACCUACCCGCGCAAUGUUUUCGUAUGCAUGAUAACAAAUCAAUUUGACAUAGUCCGGCAGAGCACAGCCCCUACUCUGUUGUAGGGCUUCUGCCGCAGGAGGGAUGUGAAAAUCUUGACGGGAUUAGUCUAGUAGAAGAAUAUUAUUAUUUUCGAUGCUCAAGUCAUGGGAAAGCAGCAUGGCCUAGCCUUAUCUCUAAAAUACUAUACCCUUUUCACAGUAAUAUGUUACUUUAACUGUUAGAUUAGCAUUGUCACGCUGGUGUGUAUCACAUCGGAAAAAGGCAAGACAGGUUGUUGAAACAUGGAAUCAGUACUUUACCUCGUCACAGAGAGAGCAGCGUGUCACAUUCCUAUACUUGGCAAAUGACAUCUUGCAAAACAGUAAGCGCAAAGGCAGUGAAUUUGUUAAUGAGUUCUGGAAAGUUCUUCCUAAAGAACUCAAAGUUGUCUAUGAAAGUGGAGAUGAGCAUGCAAAGAAAGUAGUAGCCAGAUUGGUGAGUAUUAUUGGUUGGGCUUUGCUUCUUUUGUGGCCAUUUCUUUCACUGUGCUGAAUGACCAGUAAUUGAUUAAUUUCUUCACCUUGUCUAUGAUUCGUUUGUGUAUGUCGCUAUGGUUGCUUGUGUCCUAUAUGUUGAUGGUGGUGGGUUGUGGAGUUGGGAUAAUCAAUAUGCCCGAGGGUAUAUGUCUUCUCGUAUUUUGAUCGCUUUCAUUUGUUUGCUCAAAUAGUUCAGAGUUUAAAGUAUGAUAUUCUGUUAGAAUCCAAUGGCUAACGAAAGUAUCUCUGUGUUUCUGUAUAUUGGGCUGUUUGGAUAUCUGCCUUGCUUUCUGUUGUGAACCUCCUCUCUACUUUUAUCUAACUUAUUUACUUCAGUGUGCUCUGUGGUGCCAAUGCUAUGAGUCUGAAUACGUUGUUUUUUUUUUUUUUUUGUAAAUGCUGUGUUUUAUUGUUAUUCUUUCUGCCUACCAGAUGAAGGUUGAGUUGUAAAAUGGAAGUUCUUCAUCUAACGUGUCUUUGUGAAAUUUGAUUGUACAUCCAUGUGGUUCAUAAACAAUAUGAAAUUUGUGAUCAAUUAUGUGUCCUAUUCUUAUAAUUUUAUUUUUUGCAACUUUGAAAUCCUAUUUAUGUUUUGCUCUCUUUUGUUGCAGGUCAACAUUUGGGAAGAAAGGAAGGUGUUUGGUUCGCGCGCCCAAAAUCUGAAGGAUGAAAUGCUUGGUAAAGUUCCUCUUCCUCCAGUAGUGAGCAAUGGAAAGAGCUCGAACCAGAUCUCAAACCCUAUCAAGAUAGUGAAAAGGGAUGCUAGCUCGUUAAGAAUUGUAAGCAUUUUCCCAGUCCUUUAUCAAGUGUUAACAAUUGCGUAAAUUGUUUCUGUUGCCUACAUAAAUCUUGUUGAAAUUGUGUGUUUGGAUAUUCAUCUUUUUGGGUAUUUUAAAAUCAGAAACUGAUGGUGGGAUGUACACCGGAGAAGAUAUUGACUGCAUUUCAAUCUGUUCUUGAUGAAAAUCAAACUGAGGAAGCUGCACUGGAUAAGAGUAGUACUACUGUAUCUCAUUUGGGUAAAAUCAGAGAAGACGUAGAAAGUACAUCAAUUGCAGGUAGGCAUUGGCCUUCAGAUUCUUUGAUAAUAAGAUUCUACAGGUUCAUGUGUGUAGUGUUUGCUUGGUUUAACUCGUCACUGUACACAAGUAGUUAAGUUUAUUUGAAUGAUGUCUCAAGGAGUUUGAUCAUGAUAUCACAGUGAUGUUGCUACAAAGAAUAAUGCCAUGCAAUAGUAUCUUUCUAGCUAUUUACUGAUUGGCUGAUAAUUAUACUUCCAGAAGGUACAUUUUUUUUUGAACGAUUUUGUUCGAGUUUAAACUGAAGAAUUUGCAUCCUUCCCAUUUGGGAAGUUGUUUGGGCUUAGUUAGGGUAGAUCACUUGUUAUACUUACCUCCUUCAUAAGCUACAAGUUUGUUUCAGGGGUUGUACAUAUAUUAUAUGAUGUAUCAAUGAAUUAAAACAAUAAUUGAAUUGAAGACAUUAGAUGUCAGUAUUGAUUAGUAUUUUUAAUUUAUUUUUAAUGGAACUAUGCUUUGAUAGUGUUUUCUGAUUAGUUGCUGUGUUCUAAUUUUAUGUUCGCGCUGAUGGCUCAUUGGUAGAAUUAUCCUUUUUAAGGAUAUGAGGAAAUUGUCAACAUUCAUUUUCUCAUUGUGGUAUCUACGCUGGAAAAUUGCAGUGGCUUUAGAAUUUUGUGAAGCUUUGUUAAACCUCCAAGUGCCUUGGCCCUUGGUGAACUGGGAAUUAUUGUUUCUGUUAAUUUUUCACUUGACGAAAAUAAGCUAUUACUGCCUCCUAGAACUGUUUACAUUUACUCACUGCAUUAUCUUCAGGAAAAUAAUUUACUAAGUUUGCUCAUAUUGAACCUUUGUCCAUUCACGGUUUCUCAGGAAAUCAGCCUGGUUCCGCGUUGAUGGAUGAGUUACAGGUGCAGGAAAAUGUCCUUCAGCAGUGUGCUGGCCAGCUUGAAACUGCUGAAAAUUUACAUUCGACUUUGAUUUCACAGCUUAAAGAAGCACUUAAAGAACAAGAGUCGAAGUUUGACAUCGUUCAUUCACAGUUACAAGUCGUGAGAGGUCACAUCGAACAAUCUAGCAAUUUAAGGAAGAGGUUAGCAACUGUAUUUGUACCCGGCCCAUCAGCUACAACCACCACCUCAGCAUCAGAUGGAACAAGAGGAGUUGAACUCAUUUCUUCUUCACCAGGACGGCCAACAACAACAACAAGCACCCCGCCUCCACCUCAGGCUACUCCAGUCUCACAGUCUGCAGCAGCAGUUUCCUUUGCUGCGCCUCUCCAACCUCCUGCUGCUGCUGAUGAAGAAAGCAAGAAAGCAGCUGCCGCAGCUGUUGCUGCUAAACUCUCCGCCUCCUCAUCAUCAGCACAAAUGCUAACAUCCGUCCUCUCAUCCCUUGUUGCUGAAGAAUUAAAUGGGACCUUCAAUUCAGCAGGAUUUGCUGAUGUUUUCCCCCCAGAGAAACGGCCUAGAUUAGAGCAACGGACAUCUGAGACCGAUUCAAACAACAAUAUGGCGGCCUUUUUCUCCUCUGUGGCUUCAACCAACCAGAUACAAGCGGCUUCAUUUGGCUCUUUGCAGCCACCAUUCCCACCUCCUCCGCCUCCAAUGUCCCAAACUAGCACACCAGCAAACCAAUACAUGCAGCAGCCUGGUGGUAUGAUGGCUGCUAGCAUGAUGCCACCUUAUGGGUACGGAGCUAGUAGCAACUUUCCUCCUCCACCCCCUAUGCCGCCUCCAAAUUUUGAGUUAAGCAGCUUGGCGUGGCAGCCUACCUCACAGCAGCAAUUGCAGCCUCUGGAGCCACCACAGCAACAACAACACCAGCAACAACAGCAGCAGACACCAGCAACAAGUGGAGGAUACUAUAGGCCACCGGGGAUAGGGGGGUUCUAUGGUCAAAUGCACCAGGCAACUACACCUCCAGUACCUAGACAGUAAGCUUAUUGAAAAGGCUCGUUAGAGAGACCGACAGAAGUGAGGAAAGCCUCUGCAAGGCCAUUUAGCACCAGGAGAUAGUAACAUGACCAUAUUCUGUGUAUAAAUAUCGUUUAAAGUAAUAGGACCCACUUUAAUGUCCACCUUUAAGCAGAAUUUGUAGUGGGUGGUAGGGGUCGUUGAUGGUGGUAUUGUGCAAAUUUUCCCACAUAGAUGUAACUGGCUUGAUUCAACUUUCUGUUCUUGUACCAUAACUGUUAGAUGCUGUGUCUGGUAAACGCUUCCUCCCCUGUUUAGCUUACAAAUAUUCAGUAGCUGCUUAGUUACAAGGGUGGAUGGAUGGGCAAAUGUGUUUGUUUUGUGUUUUAUAUUGGCCCAGGGGGAAUAGAAACAUAUCCAAGCAUGUUUUGUUUGCUCGGUGUUUUUGAUUUUGAGGGUUUCCCUUGAGUCAUGGACUGCUAAUGGCAUAAGUCGAGCUGGGUACCUCAGUAUGUAAUCUAUUCUCUCCUGCAAGGGAUUGCAUGCCAUGUUUGGUAAUUUGGUUUGGGAGAGCAAUUGAACUUGGUGGGUGCAUUUCCUUCACUAAAGUAGGGAGGGAGAUGACAUGAUUAUUGAAAAUCUAAAGAGUUAAUUGUUCAUUGAAAAUGUAAUUUUGCAGCGAGGGAGAUGACAUGAUUAUUGAGAUUAAGAUUUAAACAGAGAAGAAAAUUACAUAAUACUCUCUUCUCGACCUUUGUUCGUUCUCUGUUCUUCUUUACAAGACUCCCUCCUAAAACUAGAGAAAUAAACAAUGUACAAGGUAUACAGUUGGUACCUCUCGUAUUGUUUGCCGUCUCAUAAUAUACUACACUCACAUUAUUUAGAUUCCUCUGAACAUAUAUGAAGGACUUGACGCGUGCUACAUGUUAUUUUAUGGGGACGAUCUACGCAUGUUAUUGUUCAAUAGUGUCUGUACCUUUUUGAAAAGAUGUUCUUUAGCAUUUUUUUCUGGCAUUCGUCCACACAGCAAUUUGUUUUUGGAUGAAAGUUGAGAGUAGAAUCUCUAUCCCAAAUUCUAGCAGGAGGUCCAUUAUUUCUUCCUUUCCAAUCUUCACCAUUUCAGAGUCCAUAUAACAGAUGACUUUGGUUCGGGGAACCAUAAAGACUUUUCACGACUUAAGUACCACUAGAUCAUCUGCCUUGGCAAUGAUUAUUUCUGCACAUGCCUUAAGAAAUUUGAAUCUUAAGACCUUUUCCAUCAUGUAUUGUUUUUUAUUCUCGUCAUAUUUUGUUUGGAACUCAAGGGUUGUUUGGAUUUGUGGUAAUGAUUUUCUCAGUUCCAAUAAGAAAGAGUUCCCAUAUUUGAUAGGGGUGAAAACUUGUCCAUCGUCGGCUCGUCGCCCUUUUCUUGAUUUGUGGUGAAGUAAUUUUGUCCCUGUUGUUUUUCACGACUUCUGCUAAUCCAGCAUCAAUGAAACUUUUUCCUUCCAUCACCAUGUUUGCAGGUAUGUGUAAACUUGGUCAUGCAUUAUCUCAUCUUAAAUGAAACUCAUAAUUUUGUUAGGACACUCAUUCUGCCAAGGCUAGUUUCUCCUCAGAAAGGGGCUAACCAUUUCUGACUUGAAUAUCACUUUUGAUGUUAUUCAACAAUUUCAUUUUUUCAUCGAAGAAACUCAGCAAAUUAUGUAUAUUGCGAAAGAUAAAAAAGAGAAAAUAAAGGUAUGAAAAAGUGAUAGUUUAGUUAAGGCGACAUACGAAGUCAUGUGGACCCUUGUGGUACUAGUAUGUUGUCCUUCCACUACUUAGAGUGAGAGGUUAUCGUUGCUCUGUGAAACCAGUCUCACGCAAUCCCCUCCGCUUUAGGAGAGAGAGUCUCGUCCACCUUCGUUGAUGAAACUCAGGUCAACUCCAUGCUUGGAAUGGGCAAACUAGCAUUAAGCCACAACAAAUCCGAUCUCACAAA